GUUGUUCACAACCAUGUCGAGGUGACAUUGUCAACGUGGCAGUUAACUCGCUCGCUCGCACGCAUUUAGCCAUGCCUCUUUGCAUGGUCGCUUAGUCCGUGUUACAGAUUGUAUUCCCUUGUUUUCUUCUAGAUCUGAGAGAGAGAGAGAGAGGAGAGAGAGAGAGAGACAUGGGACUCGUCUCGGGGCUUGUUGACGCAGCCGUGGUGCUCUUCUCCGGCGUGUUGACAGUAGCGGUGCCGCUGAUCGAUGCCCAGGUGUGCCUCCCCGAGUGGCUGUACCCGGCGCCGCUGUUGGAGUUGAAGCGGUGGUACGGCGAGACAUAUGGCGACUACCUGAUGGCCGAGAAGCCCCACUUCUUCACCGGCCUCGUCUGGGUCGAGAUCGCCUUCCUCUGGCCACUUUCCCUCGCCAAUUUCUACGGCAUCCUCGCCCGCCGCCCUUGGGCCGCCACCACCUCCCUCAUGGCCGGCGUCUCCAUCGCCACCUCUAUGGCUGCUAUAAUGGCGGAGUUGCUAGGUUCUGGCAGAGCAUCUGACCAGCUGCUUCGAAUGUAUGUUCCUUUUGGGGUUUUUGCGCUUCUAGCUAUUUUGCGGGGACUCUUCUCUCGUGCUAAACCGCGACGCCCCACGGCUACAUCUCAUGUCCCUACAGCCAGGAAGAAGAGGGCAUAAUUAACCUGCUGGUGUGUUUCUCGUAUGGAUGAGAAUCCUGUUGGAUAUCUUCAUGCCUGAUCCUCUUUUGCAGUUGUUUUCCUUCUCAUGAUGCAACAACUUUUGCUGUUAGGUACUACCUUGAAAUCAGCUUUUGACUCCAAAGUUUUUCUACUAUUCAUUGUGUUUGCUCUGACUCGCACGUUGAUGAUUGAUUGAGUUGCAAUAGUUUGUUGAGGGCAUCAAUGAGUUUAAUAUCUAA